UGCAAAAAAUCGAGAUAAAAGACUCGAAAAAUCUCAGAACCAACUUGGAUCCGGUCUAGCUGGCUUGGUAAACCUCACGAAGGACCUUAUUAACACGGAUUUGGAAAAACUUGAAACCAUAAAAAGGAUUUCAGAAAUAGCGCAAGUUCUAUUAGAUCUACAUCAUGAUGAAACCAAUAAUCGUCGUAAAUUGAUAGUACCGCUAUUAGAUAAAAGAUUCUGGAGUACCAUACAAGGAGUUAAAAGAGACUCCUUUUUGUUCGGGGAAAGAUUAAGUGAAAGUAUUAAAAAUACAAAAGAUAUCGAGAGAUCUAGCCAACAAAUUAAAAAAUCCGCUCCGCCCCAGCAAUCGUUUCAACGUAAAAAUACAACAUUCUCGGGAAACUACCGAGCCCCUCCUCGACUGCCGGCCAAUGCGAAGCCAGCACCCAAGUACCACGAGUCACAGACGUCGACCUCGACGAGGAGGGCCACCACCAACCAGCCGCGCGGCCGGGGUGCUCAUUCCGGUCGAAUGCAGGACCGCCGUCGCAAAUAGAGAGAGCAACACCCGUUGUGGAGCAGUCUUACCCUGGCGUGUGCAAUAUUAUCAGGCAAGCGUACUUAAAACGCAACUUUACAACCGAAACCAUCGAUAUUAUGAUUAACUCCUUGUCUAAAAACACAAUAUCACAAUAUAAUGUAGCCUUAAAACAAUGGUUCCAGUUUUGUCAACUACACAACACUGAUCUGUAUGAUGUUACAGUGGCCUUUAUUCUAAAUUUUUUUACACAUAUUUUCCAAAAAGGUGCCAGCUAUGGUACACUUAAUUCUUUUAGGUCAGCCUUAUCACUAAUCCUUAGUAAAAAAUUAUCAAAUGAUGAAAACAUUAGUCGAUUCUUUAAAGGAGUAUUUCGAAUCAAACCUACGUUCCCUAAAUAUAACGCAAUAUGGAACCCUAACCUUGUUUUAGAAUACUUAUCGAAAUUAUACCCAAAUGAAUCAUUAAAUCUAAAUAUGUUAACAAAAAAAUUAGUAACUCUACUUGCGUUGUCAACAGGACAACGAGUCCAGACGUUAUCAUUAAUUAAUGUUCAAGAAGUAAAUAUUACUGAUUCUCAAAUCACUAUACCUAUCAAUGAAGUUAUUAAAACUUCACGUCCGAACAGGCAUAAUCCUAAUCUGAUUAUUCCUUUUUUUAAACAGAAAGAAUCCAUUUGCCCUGCAAUGACACUCUGUACAUAUAUAAGUAAGACUUCCGAACUUCGGAAUGCCCCCAAUACAAAUAAACUCAUUCUUACAUUCAAAAAACCGAUGCAUGCUGCCAGCCCACAAACCAUUAGUCGCUGGAUCAAACAAACAUUAGGCAAGAGUGGCGUGGACGUGAGCACCUUCAGUGCGCACAGUACCCGCCACGCGGCCACGUCCGCGGCUAAUAGGUCCGGCGUUGCUAUUGAUGUAAUUAAAAAAACUGCUGGGUGGACUGGCAACUCUAUCUGUUUCGCAAAAUUCUAUAAUCAACCUUUGAUUAAUACGGAAUGUGAUAGUUCAUUUGCUGAAGCAAUUAUAAACGACCAAACUUAAAAUUUCCUUUGUUUUUUGGAAUGAUAUAAUUAAAAAUUGAUUUUAAGUGUACUUAUGGCGUAUUUUAUUCUGCAAACGCUAAACAUCUACAUGGUAUGUUAAAUCUCGAGGAUGCAACAUUGAAGUAUAAUUUAUGGUUAAAAGAACUUACCUUAAGUGAAUUUCAACCAAAAUUAUACGAAAUGUUGCAUCCGAAGAGAUUUAACAACCCACCCAACCCCGUCAGACAUUUUACCUAUGAGUUCUACCUUUCAAUCGGUAGUACCUACCUUACAAAAUCCUAUCGCAUACGUUAUCUGACCUUUUUUGAAACCCCUUUAUUGCAGAAUAAAACAAAUCUAAAACGAAUGAAAUGACAGCGGCGCGAAUGAGUGAACCAGUAACGACUUCAAUGAUUUUUUUUUUCUCUAUUUAGAAUCUGGCUUCUAUUCAGCCUCUCUAAACAGUGUGAUAGACGAUGCAGUAAAUUGAAGAACGGACUACAUGGUAUGUUAAAUCUCUUCGGAUGCAACAUUUCGUAUAAUUUUGGUUGAAA